AUGCCUCUCCGCACGCUCAACCCCUUCAUCUCCUCCUCGCCCUCCUCCACCACUACCACCACCGAGGUCCUGUCCGAGAAGGAGCCCAUUCGCAUCGAGUCGCGCGAAGUACGAGAGCGAAACCGAGCAAAGUUCCGUCCGCGAUUCAGCAUACCGUUCUCUGGCUCGCCCAAGACACCCACACGGCCAUCGUCAGAGCCGACAGGACGACUCGAACCACCAUCGCAACCACCCACCUCCUUUCGACCACCUUCGCCACAGAUACCAACUCUCAGCCUCCCGACCAUCAAUCUCACCACAGCGACUGGCGAAAAGAGUAAGAUGGAAGAGAUGUCCAAGCCACUGACUCUCUUCGCCCCACCGAGCCCUGCAGAGGUAAAGCGGACAGCGAAAGCGCACGCGGCGUUCGGUCCUCUGGGGUCCAAACAACACCUCUACUCCUCCCGCUUCGUCGGCACCGAGUUCCCAGAGCCAAUCGCGGACGAACCACCCUACUUCUACCUCAUCACCACCUACAUCUCCUACCUCAUCCUCAUCAUCUUCGGCCACGUACGGGACUUCUUCGGAAAGCGCUUCAAGCAGGAGUCGUACAAGUACUUGCAAGAAAGAGAUGGAUAUGCGCCAUUGAACAGCGAUUUUGAUAACUUCUACAUCCGGAGAUUGCAGCUGAGGAUCAAUGACUGCUUCCGGAGGCCGGUGACGGGUGUGCCGGGGCGUUUCAUUACGCUGCUGGACCGGGAGAGCGACGACUUCAACUUGAGCUUCAAGCUGAAGGGCACGACCACGGAGACGCUGAAUAUGUCUUCGUACAAUUAUCUCGGCUUCGCGCAGUCGGAGGGUGAAUGCGCGGACGAUGCGGAGAAAAGCAUCAAGAAGUACGGCAUCUCCUUCUGCUCGCCGAGAGGAGACAUUGGUACGAGCGACCUGCACACUGCGGUCGAGCAGCAGGUUGCAGAGUUCGUGGGCAAGGAGGCGGCCACCAUCCACAGCAUGGGUUUUGUCACCAAUGCGACCACCUUCACUGCUUUGGUUGGCAAGGGCUGUCUCAUGAUCUCGGACCAGCUGAACCACUCUUCGAUCCGCUUUGGUGCGCGUUUGUCAGGCGCUGUCAUCGACAUGUUCAAGCACAAUGACAUGGCCGACCUCGAACGUCUCCUCCGCGAGCGCAUCUCGCAAGGCCAGCCCCGGACACAUCGACCCUGGAGGAAGAUCCUGGUUGCAGUGGAGGGCCUGUACAGUAUGGAAGGCACUAUGGUCAACCUCCCAGGACUGGUGGCGCUCAAGAAGAAGUACCAGUUCGCUCUGUACGUCGACGAGGCCCACUCCAUCGGCGCGCUGGGCCCACGUGGACGCGGCGUGUGUGACUAUUUCGGUAUUCCCACCAGCGAAAUCGACAUCCUCAUGGGCACCUUCACCAAGUCUUUCGGUGCGAACGGUGGCUACGUCGCAGGCCCCAGGGCAUUCAUCGACAAGAUCCGCGUCACGAACGCUGGCACCAUCUUUGGCGAGACACCCACUCCAGCCGUCCUCACGCAAAUCCAAACCUCACUAAAGAUCAUCAACGGCGAGAUCUGCAAUGGACAGGGCGAAGAGCGUCUCCAGCGUCUGGCGUUCAACUCCCGAUACCUGCGUCUUGGUCUCAAGCGCCUCGGCUUCAUCGUCUACGGCCACGACGACUCGCCCAUCAUUCCGCUCCUCCUCUACCACCCGGCCAAGAUUCCUGCCUUCUCGCACGAAAUGCUGAAGCGCAAGAUCGCUGUCGUCGUUGUCGGAUACCCCGCCACACCGCUCAUCUCCUCGCGCGCACGUUUCUGCGUCAGCGCCGCACACACGAAAGACGACCUUGACCGUAUGCUCGCGGCGUGCGAUCAAGCUGGCGACAUUCUGCAGCUGAAGUUCAGCUCCGGCAUCGCAGGCGGACAGGAGCCGGUGCACGAUGGUCUGACGAACGAAGGCGUGAACGAGAUGCGCAGCUGUCUCGAAGCGGGCGGUGAGCCAGCCGUGGAUCCACCGCGGUGGAAGCUGGAGGACGUGCUGAAGAGGGGUGUGCAAGAUGUCAAGAAGCCGCUUUGUUGA